AUGGCCCCCCGCGAAGACCUCGUUGCAUCGGCGGUAACCUUCCUCCAGGACCCAUCCGUCGCGUCUGCUCCCCUCGAGAAGCGGAUCGAGUUCCUCAAAUCCAAGAACCUCACCCAAGAAGAGAUCUCUGUAUCCCUUGCUCGUGCUGGCGGUGAUCCGGCUGCCAGUCCAACUCCGUCGCCGCAAAAUGCACCCUAUUACCCUCCUCCAAAUGCCUACAACGUCCGAGGUCCUCCAGGUCCCAGUUAUCCCUACCCAUACAACCCGUAUGGAGACUGGAAACCUCCACCGCCGGAGCCCCCCAAACGAGAUUGGAGAGACUGGUUCAUCAUGGCCACUGUUGUCGGUGGCGCAAGUUACGGCGUAUACGUGCUUGCUCAGAGAUACAUCAAACCGUUAAUAUCGCCACCCACGCCCCCGCAACUCGAACAGGAUAAAGCCGCCAUCGACGAGCAAUUCAACAGGGCAUUUGCGCUGCUCGAUACGUUAUCUUCUGACACGGCUGCGCUGAAACAGGCCGAAGAAGCCCGAACCCAGAGGUUGGAUACCGCUAUCACAGACAUCGAAGAAAUUGUCGCAGAGCUGAAGGCAGCGAAUCAGAAGCGAGAAGACGAUGCGCGACGGAUGGAAGCAGAAAUCAAGACCAUGAAGGAUAGUCUGCCUCGCUCUAUCGACAAUGUGCGAGAUGCCAGCGAGAGACAAUUGAAAGAAUUGAGCACCGAGUUGAGCAGUCUGAAAGUCCUAAUGGGAAACCGCAUGGGCAGCGGUUCUGGAGUCUUUUCCAUCCCACGCACGCAGCCGGCGACCCUGCCAGGCUCAACGCCGGCCACCACGUCCAAUACCGCGGCAGCGACCCCUUCGGUUGAGAAUGCCCCUGCUGGUAGUGGCGUGAAUGCUCCAAGGCCGGCACCGGCGUCCACAAAUUCAACACCACAACUUCCUACCUCGAACCCAAUUCCAUCCGCGACAUCUUUCGGCAGGCCAGCAACUGGCAAUAAAGCUUCCAUCCCGGCCUGGCAGAUGGCGGCAGCACUCAAGGCGGCAAAUAAUCCUAGCCCAGCGGCGGCGACUCACGGGGCUAACGUACCGGUGGCUAAUGGCGCGUCUUCGGGAUCAUCUUCUCAGCAGCAGCAGCAGCCUGACGGGGCAGAGGCCGUCGCGGCUCUUAAUGCAAGUUAG